GAGACAAUUACAGUUAAGUAUACGGGAUGGCUGUAUGCAUCAAAAUGAAGGCACUGUUUCUGAUUUCGCUUUUUCGUGCGAGCCUGCUGCUUCAGUGUGACAAGAAGCAGAUCACAGCUCAUUAUGGGGGAGACUUCAUCAUUUCCUGCACAUAUGAAACAAACCGUUAUCUGUUUAGUAAAAAGUACUGGUGCCAAGGGGAGUCCAGAGACACCUGUGAGAUUAUACUGGAUUCAGAAGGACGGGCUAAAUCUACGAUCACACACAGGUCUCGUAUUGUGGAUGCAGGAAGAAGAGGGCUCUUUGUGAAAGUCACAAAUCUCCAGUUUGGUGAUACUGGAGUGUACUGGGUUGGGAUUGACAAAGUCUAUGCUGACAUCAUGACUUCAGUUAAAGUGACUGUCACUGAUGUUCCUGUCUCUAAGCCCAGACUUUGGCCCCUGAGUCCUCUGGAGAGCAGGCCGACAUGUUGGGGACAGCAGGUGAUGGUGCGCUGUGGCAGUGACCAGGGCACAAGCAUCCAUUACACCUGGUACUAUGAGCAGAACCUGCUUCACCACUCCUCAGACUUAAAGCUGCACUGUGAAGGAUUGAAAAGGGACAACAUCGAUUAUUACUGUAUCACCAGUAAUGAUGUGAGCAGUCAAAGGAGUGAAACCCUCUCUGUGCAGGUUCUGAUUCCUGCAGACAGCGACUGCAUCUAUGUCAUUAAGAUGCAAGGUCAACCUGUUUAUGACUGUGCAGACAGAAUGACAACCACCACCAUCUCAACCACAAUUCUAACCACGACUCCAGCAGCAGCCAGCUCCAACAUGAAAAUCCACACUGAAGCAACAAACCAGUCUUUAAUCUUCCUUCAGACUGAACCUUUUUUCUGCAGGACACUGAUGGGGUUUCCGAUGUGGUACACACUGCUACGUUGGAUUAUCUUUGCAUCCUUGCUGAUAUUUCUGUGCACAUUUCUCAUAUGUACAAACUCACGACAAAAACACGCCAGAAGGAGGAGGAAGAGGCAGGCUCAAUUCAGACGUUUGGCUCGGUGACCUUUAUCAUGGAGUGGUGUUUCUUUUCAAGUCCUAUCAGCAGACAAUGAAGCCUUGGCUCUCUUAUGUCAAGCUGAACCAAAGUUUUUUGAUAACUUGAUUGUCUGGGCAGAGUCAGGGCUAUGAUGCAUGCCAGCAUGUUUGCUGGCCUGUUACAAUGCAGCAGUUAUGUUCUCAUAUAUGUAUCUAAGUUAAGAGCUAUCUAUUACUGCUACCAACAGUUUAUUUAAGACACUUUAUUUUGCUAAUGUAGUGCUCUUUGUUCUCUCUCUGGCACCACCACGCCAAAGCAUAGAGAGUCUCUCUCAGUCGCUGUUGUAGUAAGAAGCAAAAAGCACAGGGAUAUGAAACGCAGCCUUUUAAUUUUGUAGAGUGUUGAAUUAAAAUGGUAAAAGUACCAAGAUCACUGAAAAAGAGUUGGAAUUCCCAUCACUAUUACCUAUUAUGAAAGAGUAUUCUCCCUCUUUUGUUAGAUCAUUAACCAACCACAUAUCUUGGAAAGCUGAGCUCAGUUUCACACCUGUUGGAUAAAGAAAUCCCCUUAGGCCAAAAGAUCUCAAAAAGCAACACAUCAUGCUGCAAACUAAAGCAUGAGGACCCCCAAAGCAGAUGACAGGUUACAAAGGUAUUUCUGAGGUUUCAGGGUGCCAGUGAACCACAGUGAGAGCCACUGGCCACAAAUGAAGAAAACUUAGACCAGCGGUGAACCUUCCCGGCCUACCAAAAUGACUCCAAAUAUUCUGGGGAAAUAUUCUUUGGACUGGCUAGACAAAAGUUGAACUUUCUAACGUGACAUGUCAUAAAAAUCAUAACGAUAGUCAAACAUGGUCUGUGGCUGCUUCAGGACUUGGACCACUUGCCAUUCUGCUCUCUUCCAAAAUGAAAGCUGAGGAAGGAUGUUCGGCCAUCAAUUCAUGACCUCAAGCUCAGCAGGACAAUGAACACACCAGUGAGUCCACUUCUGAAUGGCUUUAAAAAAAACAAAAGGAAGGUUUUGGAGUGUUCAUCUCUGUUGUUUGCAGAUGAUGUGGUUCUGCUGGCUUCCUCAGCUGGGGUCCUCCAGCAGCCACUUGGGCGGUUUGCAGCUAAGUGUGAGCGGCUGGUAUGAGAAUAAGCACCUCCAAGCCUGAGGCCAUGGUACUCUGCUAGAAAACGGUGGAUUGCUCCCUCUGGGUGGGGAGUGAGUUUUUGCCCCAGUUGAAGGAGUUCAAGUAUCUCGGGGUCUUGUUCACGAAUGAGGGUAAGAUGGACCGUGAGAUCGAGAGGCGGAUUGGUGCAGCAUCAGCAGUUUUGCAGGCGCUGUACUGUACCGUCAUGGUGAAGAGG